AACUUUUAUAUUUUACACGGACACACGUUAAGUGUUGCACCUGGUAACCGCGGUCCUUAACUAACUUAAACAUAAAUAAUAUAAUUCACGUUAUUCUGCUAUUCUUCGCCCUUUACGGUCAUCAGCUUAUAUUGGGAUUUGUAUCAGUGUUACAGAAACAUCUUAAUAUUGAAUGAAGAUGAUGCGCUAUUGGGGUGAGCUUCCUGUAGCUUCAGCGCCUUCAGGUCGCAGUUCUUUUGACCUUCUGCAGCGUGAGUUUCGCCAGGUGGAAAUGCAAGACCCUCCGCUGCACCAGCCAUCAGCACAUCGCCCACGUCCCACCACCAUGCUUGAUAUCCCUUCUGAGCCCUGCAGCCUAACCAUUCAUACUGUGCAGCUGACCCAGCAUGCCCGUCGUCUCCGGGGACUCAUUGCUGCUGCACAGCAAAGCCAGCAACCCCUGUCCACUUUAUCAGAACCCCCAGGUGCCUUCAAACCAGAAGACACAGACCUUCUACCUCCCCGGCCUGCCACACCAACCGUACCCGAUGAUCUUCUGCCUUUGGACAGCAAAGCCCCCCGGCAGCCAUUCCAGUUACGUCACAGUGACCCAGAGAGUGACUUUUACAAAGGCAAAGGUGAGCCAGUCACAGAGCUGAGCUGGCCAUCUUGUCGUCAACUUUUGUAUCAGUCAGUUGCCACAGUUCUUGCUCAUGUUGGCUUUGAGUCAGCAAAUGAGAGCGUGCUGGAGACUUUGACUGACCUGGUCCAUGAGCACUAUCAACGACUUACCAAGCUGCUGCGUGUGGCUGUGGAUAGGGAGGCCUGCCAGGGCUCUACACCUUUCCCUGAUGUGGUUGAACAGGUCUUCCAUGAGGUGGGCAUUGGUAGUGUAUUGGCACUCAGGCGCUUCUGGCAGGUUCGAAUCAAAGAUUACCACAGCUACAUGGUGCAGGUCAGUAAGGAGCUCUCAGAAGAGUAUGAAAGGCUGGUAAAUCCAGAAAGGGCUCUGGAGGAAUCCAAACCCCUGAAAGUUAAAGAGGAGCCGGUGAGUGACAUCACAUUCCCUCUGAGUGAGGAACUGGAAGUGGACCUGGCUUCAGGUGACCAGACACUGCCCACUGGUGUCAUAGGUACCUCCAGUGAGAGAUUGUCUGGAGGAUUGGAUGAAGAGACAGCAGGGAACAGCUCUCCCCUGUGGCAUCUAACCCAUGUGAAGAUGGAACCCCAGGACAGCGAAGAGGGCCAGGUUUCAGGUCAUGGUGUUCUGGCAGGUGACGUUUUUGAAGAAGGCCCCAUGUCCGCUAUGACUGAGGCUGGCAUCCCUCCAUCUCCUGGUGGCUCAGAAGGCAGUUAUGUGUCCCAUUCACCUGACUCGCUCAUGGGCACGUCACCUUUUACCCAGCGCCCUAAGAAACGAAUGAGAAAAGUAUAACACAGUUUUGUCAUCCAAAUGAGAGAGACAGAAAGCACUUUCAUUCUUAUUUUGAUAAACAGUACUGUUGAAACUAGAUGUCAUGGCUUUAAUGGUAUAUUUUAGUGGAAUUAAACAAAAGAGGUC